UUGCCUGCUCUCGCGAAGCACACCCAUGUACUGACACCUUUGACCACAAAAGCGGCCGAAUUGCACUUCCCUGCAUGGACUUCCAAGCAUGACAUGGUGUUCCAAGCCAUCAAGGAGUUAGUCGUGAGUCCUCAAUGUUUAACAACCAUAGACCAUGACAACCCUGGGGAGAAUCACAUCUUUGUGACCUGUGAUGCGUCAGACUACGCAACAGGCGCGGUG